CUGUGGAACUGCAGGCUCCUCAUUUCCGCGAGUCUGCAAUUUAGAUUUCCAGUUGUUCCUGGAUCUGUUUGAUGCAACUUGGUGGAGCGCCGAAAUCCUAAUUCACAUGCAUGCAUUCUAGCAGGCGCCUCCACUUCCACUUCCACUUCCACACUCCAACAACAGUCAUGAUCAGAUUGUAAGAUUCAUUACGUGGUACUAUGUCGGCACUUAAACCCACAUCACCCCCUCAGGUUCUCAGCAAAGCCAAAAUGGCGCUCCAGCAAGCCAACGCCGCCGCUGCCGCACGCCAAAUAGCCUACUUCCGCGCUAUCCCAUGGUGCGCCUCUCUCCUUUCCCAACCGAACCUCGUCAUGGACCAGUCCGUCUCGCGCCGCCUCUCACACACGGCCCGCGACACGCUCCUCUCGCGCACCCUCAACUCGGCCGAGGCCAUACCCGCUUACAUUACUUUUUAUCCGCGGCCCUCUCCAUCAUCAACACCACCGGCAUCAGCAUCUGAGUUUCAACCUCAACCUCAUUCUACAGAAUCAUCACAACCACUUUCCGGCUCUCCGAAUAGUCCAAACUUCAUCCGCGAACUCAAAUCCUUCGUCGCCCUCGGCCCGGGUCUCAACGGGUGGGAGGGGAUCUGCCACGGCGGCAUGGUGGUCACGCUGCUGGACGAAGUCAUGGGCCAGGUGUUUGCCGCCAACAAGGCGCACGGUUUGCUGGCCGACAUGCCCGUCAUGACGGGGUACUUGAACACGAGGUUCGAGAAGCCCGUCCGAACGGGGACGUCGCUCGCGAAUGAUGGGAGGGGGGCGAGUGUGGUCUUGAUUACGGCGAGGUUAUUGAGGAAUGAAGGGAGGAAGUAUUGGAUGGAGGGGGAAGUGAGUAACGAGGGCGGGUGUGUGAUGGCGAGGGCGGAGGCGUUGUUUAUUAUGCUGAGGGGGAAGUUGUAACUACGACUUUUUCUCUCUUGGAUUGACUUUCAGGGUCGGGGGGCGAUGUGGAGCGUUGUGGACUGAUAAAGUUGAUAGAAACGGUAGAUAUACCCUACUAGUAAGGAAUACUUAUACGGAGUUUGGUUUCGAG